UUUAAUUACCUGCUGAUUGUGGAUGUAGAGGAAUGAAGGUUGUGACGAAUCAGAUGUUUGUUCACGGAACAACAGUGAGAUUUAUAAGACGGUUUUUAAUUAAUACUGAAACCAUAGUCACGGCGUACUUUUCUCACGGUGUCUGUCUUUGCUUUUUAUUAUGCAAUCCGUCUGGAAUCUACCAUUAAUCACUGGAAACUCAAUGGACCUCCAACGAAGAAGAGUUUCAGUUGGUUUCAUCUUCAUCGAUAUAUUUUCAUUGUCUGAUUUAUCCGUUCUAAAGUGAUUCUUCACGAGACAAGAUCUAUCUACGAAUUGAAUUUCAAGGUUUUACCUAAAAUAGUAUUGCGAUUCUCAAGAAAAACGUUUAAAAUAACAAGCUUUUAAUCACUUCCUGUAUCCGGGCAAAGAGCUCGUUCCAUUGAGAAUGCUGUAUUAGAUUUAUGGGAAUACCUGAAAUUCUUUGACGACGUUGGCGACCUUCUUGCUGAUUCGAUUAUGACAUUGCCAUCGGAAAACCUCCAUGACUCACUGUACAUAAGGUCUAUGUUACUCUUGGUUAAUCUCACUUUCGAAAUUGUACCGUUCCUAGCUGAUCUGGCAUUGCCAAACGGUACUAAGUGAACACUGUGUUUAUGUAUGGAUUAUGCAUGACCAAUUUACUAUAUUAAUAAAUUCAUUCAAAUUAGAAUUACAAGCAUUUUAAUUGAUACUAAAAAUGGAUGUAUUUAGGUAGGUACGACAGUAAUUCAGAAUCUACAAUUCUCUAGUUACAAGAUUUGAUAUAUUAUUUAUUUAGUGAUACAAUUUGGACUUAAUGCGAUAGAAAAUUUGAAUUUUGUUAUAAAGCACAGUGGAAUGGUUUCGUAAAGGAACAACGCGUUGGAUAAAUAUUUCUUCUGCUUUAAUUGUGCACAUGUGCAGGCAGUACAUGCGGCUGAUAUUUAAAAUAAAUAUUUUUAUAUGUUGUGUGUUGUUUCUGUGUUGGAUGCUGUAUAAAUAGUGUCAUAUUUCGUUUGUAUGAGACAGAUUUAUUGGUUGCAAUCAUUUGCGUUACGUAGCUUUUUGUAUAAAGCUCAGGAUGAUUAUGGCGAAGACGCGUGAAUUACCUGGACAUAACCUCUCACCUGGAGAAUUUCUUUUGGUUUGCCAAAAAGGAAAUUUAGAGAUAGUCAAAGCACUUGUUGCAAAGCAUAAUAUUCAAGAUUGGACUAUUUAUCAGCAUGCUGUGUCAGGAGAUACAGCAUUGCAUCUUGCUGUGCAAGCAGGUCAUAUGAACGUAGUUAGGUAUCUGUGUGAAGAAUUAUCAUUGUCACAAUCUGGAGUUAAUGUUACGAAUAAAGAUAUGAAGAGACCUAUUCAUGGCGCAGCACAGUUUUCUAGGGUUCAUAUUUUGGAGUAUCUUAUUCAAAAAGGAGCUAUUGUAGAUGCUUUGAAACGAGCAGACUGGACCCCACUGAUGUUGGCAUGUACCAAAGAUAGCCAAGAAGCAUAUGAUUGUGUAGUUACUCUUCUAAGAGCAUCAGCUGAUCCAACUUUGCGGAAUAAGGAUGGUUGGAAUUCAUUACAUCUAGCUUGCCGAAGUGGAAAUAUUCAAAUGAUUGAAUUAUUAGUAACAUACUCACCUAAUAGUAUAGAUAUUAAAACUAAUAAUGGACGGAAUAGCUUGCAUAUUGCUGCAUUUCAUGGUCAUGGAAAAGCAAUCGAUUUUUUGGGACCAAAAUGCAAAGAUCUUAAUGCUCGUGAUUCUACAGGCUGCACUCCUCUUUUAUCGUCAGCAUGUAGUGGAGAUUGUGUUGCAAUGAAACAUUUACUGAAUUUGGGAGCAGAGUACUUAGUACAUGAUAAUAGAAAGCAGAAUGCUUUACAUAUAGCUGCGCAAGCUGGGAAUAUUCCAAUGGUGGAAUAUAUUCUGGAGAGAAAAUUACUAGAUAUUGAUUCGAAGGAUGUCUAUGAUAAAACCCCUCUGAAUUUAGCACGUAUUAACAACCAAGAUUGUAUAAUUGAGAUUUUUCGAAAUUACAAUGCUGAUAAAUAAUUUUCCGUUUCUCAUGUGCAAA